CCUAAUUGAUUGUAUCUUUCAGUUAACAGUUAUACGGUGGGUUACUAUACUUGUUAUUAGGUGACUCCAGUAGUUAAUAAAAUAAUACAAGCACACACGCGAGCCAGGUAGAAAUGUACACCAAAAAAUUGAACUACUAAAUAUGAGGGGUGCGCAAAAUAUGUGCGAAUAAAAAUACAGUAAAACAACGUGUAGAAAAUAUGGUUCUGGCCACAUAGUGCCUCUUCUAGCUCACGAGGUUAAAUAUAAUAUUAAGUUUUUUUAAACAACGGUAGAAAAUACAUGUGUAUCAUUUUCCAGAUACUCUAUGUGUAUUCCUCUUGCGACCUUCAAAUCGGCGAUACACAGAUAUCGCUUAAUAUUAAUACCCGUUCCUAUCUUCAUUCAUAAUUGACUUUACUGCCCUUGACGUUAGGAGCUCUCUUCAUUCCGAACACUAAUUCAACGUUCAGAAUCUCUUAAGUAACAUAAAUUCAAUUAUUAUUUAACGCCUAGUAACAGAUUCCUAAUGUUUACGGGAAAGACCCGUUCUAUUUUUGUUUUGUCGCUUUCGAAUUGUCACUCAAUGCUCCACCUCAUAAAUUGAAAUUUCAAAUUUCCAACCCCAGCGAAACCAAAACUUGCAAAACCCUUUCGUUUUGACCUAUCGAAUCCUUACGAAAAAAAAAUUAGUAUAUCUUCGAAAGCUAAAUCAUCAGCUAAUAGAACUGCUAUCAUGCCAGACAUCGAAUCCAUGGACGAUGAAGAGAAGAACUCUUCUGUCGAAGACGUUGGUGCAGAGAAUAGAUCAGAGAAGAAGCAAGUUAGUACUUCUCAUGAUGAUUCUGUUAGUGGAGUGGAGGAAACCGAGACUCCUAAAAUCCCUAAGAAGCAUGCUCCAAAGGAUUGUUUUAGUCUGCUACAAAAUGGCUCUCUUUGGUUUGGACUCCUCGUUCCUCUUCUACAGAUUUGUAUCUAUGCCAUGUUUCUUUUUGGUGCAAAGAUAGGUUGGCUCGAUAGUGUUAGUAGGAAAUCAACGGCUGAUCUGAUUUUUGGUAAUGGUCCUUCUGCUUAUUUAUUUGAAGCUGAUUAUAAUGAUUAUGCGCACAUUCACAGAAACGUUAGUGGAAUUGAUGGAAUAAAUGCGACACUAGCUUCAGAAGCAAUUUAUUUCGACGAAAAUGUGCCAGUGAGCAAUAUUUAUCUUCAGGUUGCUAAAGGUCUCGCAAUGAUAUCGUAUGUUCUCGUCCCAGAAGCAGGAAUUGCAGAUCUGAUCAAAGCAAUUCACCAGAGGCCUAGUGGCUGCAGCUGUGUCUGCAGCUGUUUCUGCAAUUUUGAUCGGUUUGUAUCCAGACUCAGGUUCUUUCAUUCCUGGUUGGCAAUAUGGACAGUUGCAGUUUUGAUCAUUGCUUCGAACGAGAUUAUGGACGUGUUUUUGAAUUUUGCGGCCAUGAAUUUUGCUUCUGAUAUUGACGAAAAAGCAUUUGAGUUGGCCCAGAAAGGAGUCUUUGGCGAAAAAUUGAAAAAGGAAGCCAAAAGCAUUGCCGAUGGCGAGGCCGAGCCUGAGGAGCAAAAAGAAGUGAAGGCUCAUCGGACUGGUAUGGCUUUGGUGGGUACUUUCUUUUCUCUAAUGUUUUUACUUGAUGCCUCGCCUGUGACUUUGAUGGGUGUCCUUCGUGUGCUGCCCCCGUAUCCAAUUUUCAUGGAGGAGUAAAUGGCCUAGCAUCGAGGACAAACAGAAACGAUCGGCAGCGAUUACCUUGGUAAUAGAGAAAGGCUUCGAUG